AAUAGCAUAACAGUAGGUCUACUUUUAUUUAGAAAUUUUCCAUUUUGGUGAAAUGUGCUGUCGGUCUCUUUUAGAUUCUUUACAGAAUUUAAUCCUCUGUGGGAAAUACGGUGAAAAUCCACAUCCCUAUCUAAUCUGGGAGAUCAACCUAACUUGCAAGUUGCAUCCCGUUUCGUUAACUUUUGGGUGCUAACACAACUCAACAGUGUCAGUGUGCAAGUCCACAGGAAAUCAAAGAGUAGGAACACCAACAACGAAAUAAAUAAAAAGAUUGCGGUUUCUGCAGGUUCAAUUGAAUAACCCUCUAACAUGGCUGCAGGUUCCAAAUUCGUAAAGUAAAAUACGAGGCUAAAUUCAUUAUUUUAUAGCCUAAUUCAAAAAGGCAAAAAUAAUUACAUGAAUCACGCAAGAACUUGGCUUUGUUGUGUUUCGAGGACAAAUGCUGUUCCGGCGCAGGUAAAAUUCUUUCUACCAAAUUAUGUUCCGUCCUUCGCUUAACCUUUUCAAAGAAUAAAACUGGCAGUGUGCGAACGAAAAAAGUACCGUAUAGACGAACAUUAUUUUGAUCCAUAUCUUGCGUAAUUGUAAAUGCGAGAAAAUCUUUUCGGUUGUGACUUGUGAAAUCUCACUUGAAAAAAUUAAAUUUCGCAACCAGUAUUCCGUGAAACCAGUGAAGUGAAAUAACAGUUGGAAUAUGAAGUAAAGUGAGAAUCAGGACAUUUCCAGCUCAGAUUUCUUUGUUCAGUUAGCAAUUGAUUCUUUCUGCCUCUGUGUUAUUUCAAGUUAAUAAAAUAUUAAAGUAAAUUAUAGUCAGGUAUAUAGUUAAAGUGUGAAUCAACAGGUAUAUAGUCAGUUAGACAACGGCGGUAAAAAAUGUCUUCAUUUUGGCUUGGAAUGGCAUUGUGGUCUACGUUGCAUCUAGUGAGCGCCGAGAAUUUGACAGAUUGGAACACUGGCGGUGGCGGAUUCAAAUGGCGGACCAACUGUGAAUUUCCCGGCGAUGAUAUAGGUAAAGUUCCCCUUACGACUGCAACCAGAGAAGAGUGUGGCCGAAUUUGCAUCGCCAACCCCCAGUGUAGCCAUUUUGUGUUUGGUUACCUGGAAAAUUGUUACAUGAAGAAGGCGCCAUCGACGACACCUCGUCAAGAUAUCGAUUAUGACAGUAUAGCCAUUUGUGGGUUCAUUCCCUGGAGAUUUGAAUCUGAAUCUGGAAGGGAUGACUGGAAAUCUAUCAGCAGAAGUGGUGUUCAUAACUGCGGUUUCUAUGGCAACGACCAUUUGAUUUUGACCACGGAGUGCCGACAGACCAAAGAUUGCUCCUUUUGGUACGAACAGGUUAUUCCCACUAAUGGUUCAACAGCCUGUAAAUUAGAAGACGGAAGUGCUGGAUCGUGUUGCCCGGUGCUCCCAAAACCUAAACAAAUACAAUUUAUUAAAAUGAUUCCUGGUGAGAAGGAGCGAAUAAUAGAUGCGGGAACAACUCUCACGUUAACGUGCGUCUACGCCUUUGAUGACGAAUAUCAAAAGAACAAUUUCAAUUUUUCGUGGGAAAUUCCAGAUGAAUUAACAAAAAAUGCUGAAUUCAGCGACUUGGACAAACGCCUUCGCAAAACUUUUCGAAGGAAUGAGACUCACAUGACAUCAACGUUGUCUCUGGCAAACGUAAGAGCCAGAGACACUGGAAACUUUGGUUGCAAGGGCGUCCCGUUCGGAUUUUCUAAUAAAUUUACUGUCAAUCAAUACGUCUAUGUUUUCAAUGAUACGGAACUUGUAAUAGUCGAGGGUAACAAAUAUUACAUACAUAUUCCACACGGUGAAACCAACUACCCGAUCAUGUGCAGACCAAAUCAUCCAAAAGUAAAUGUUUCUCUUAUACACAGACAUCAAUACACAGCAAGAGGUCAAAACUGGCUGGAACCCAAAAGCGAUUUGCUAUCAGAUCCGAAUUCAAAUUGGUCUUACGAACAAAGAAAAGGCCUUAAACUCAAGAAAGCGAAGAUUGACGACAAUGGCAUUUUAAAUUGCAUUGGGACCUAUGCAAAUAAGACGACUACCACUGCUUCCUUUUUAUAUAUUACUGGAAUGGAACUGACCAGGGUUGAUGGCGAAGGUGAUCCUUUUGAAGGGAGUAACGUUACUUUAAGCUGCCGGACUUACAAAUAUACCAAGUUCUCUACUCCACCAAAGUGGUCAUACCGAAUUAACGGAAAACAGCAGAUUCAUUUAAUUGAUGAAAACAAUCCACCUGAAGGCGUUAAAAUUAUAGAGGACAAAUUUGACUAUGGUGGUAAAACCCUUUACGAAAAUCAACUUCACAUUUUCGACAUCAGUCCAAAUGCCUAUAGCUUUCAAUGCCAAGGAAGUGGUUUCACUGAAAAUAUUUCAUUUCGCGCUAUUCGUAUGUGAUUUAUCAUUCUAUUGUUAUUUCGGAGAUUAUUGUUUCAGAAACUUUUUUAAUUUUAUAGAAUAGU